UAGACUGUCUGUGUGUGGUACGGGCUGUGGCGUUGCUGGACGAACGGGAAACGCGAAAGUGGAGUACGACGUUACACUUUGGAACGUUCCAAAAGCUCUUCAAAAUCGGAAGUACAUUUUGGCACGAUUUUUUUUUUUUGGAAGGGGGGGAUUAUGCAGACAUUUUUUUUCUGAGACCAUUCGACCUAGCUUCGGAGUUUUUGUGUGGUUAGUGAGUAAAAAAUCUUUAUCGUCUUGCUCUCGGACCUGCGGUAGAAGAAGCAGUCGUCUCCGCUCGCCUUCUAGACAGAGAGCGCACCGGGAGAUGUUUGACGCGCUUGUUGGCGUCGAGCAGGAACGUUUUCGACGCUUGGGCAGCGUCGAGUGCACACGGGACAGCGAUUGUACGUUUUAAAGUUAUUCGUCGUCUUUGAAAGUGGAUGCGACUGGACAUUUUUGGAGGCGCAAAACCAGAGAUAAAAGGUUCAGAGAUCUGAAAGCAGGGGACUGUGUCGGGGUGUUUGGCCCCUAGCGACCGGUGGGCUUUCUGUCCGGCUGAUGUACUGAAUACAGUGGCGUUGCCAGCGAUCGCCUCCUCGAAAUAUCGAGCCCCACGAUUCGCAGACCUCCGAUAAAUAAAGGAUACAUUUCAAGAUGUAUCCACAGGGCCGGCAUCCGGCGCCCCACCAGCCUGGUCAGCCAGGCUUCAAAUUCACAGUGGCAGAGUCCUGCGACAGGAUCAAAGAUGAAUUCCAGUUCCUGCAAGCGCAGUAUCACAGUCUGAAGGUGGAGUAUGACAAACUGGCCAAUGAGAAGACUGAAAUGCAACGCCACUAUGUCAUGUACUACGAGAUGUCCUAUGGGCUUAACAUUGAAAUGCACAAACAGACUGAGAUUGCUAAAAGACUCAACGCAAUUCUAGCUCAGAUCAUGCCUUUUCUGUCACAAGAGCACCAACAGCAGGUGGCCCAGGCUGUUGAGCGUGCCAAGCAAGUGACAAUGACCGAACUGAAUGCCAUCAUCGGGGUACGUGGACUUCCCAAUCUGCCCCUCACCCAGCAGCAGCUCCAGGCUCAGCACCUCUCCCACGCGGCCCACGGCCCCGUGGCCCUGCCCCCCCACCCUUCGGGCCUGCAGCCUCCUGGCAUCCCCCCAGUCACAGGUUCCGGUGCCGGCCUGCUGGCACUGGGUGCCCUGGGCGGCCAGCCCCACCUGCCCGUCAAAGAUGAGAAGAACCACCACGACCUGGAGCAUAGAGAGAGCACGAAUAACUCCAUCUCACCGUCGGACAGCCUCCGUACCGGCAGCGAGAAGCACCGCGGCUCCUCCGACUACAGCCUGGACUCCAAGAAACGCAAGAUGGAGGAGAAGGACAGCAUGAGCAGAUAUGACAGCGACGGUGACAAAAGUGACGACCUUGUGGUUGACGUUUCAAACGAGGACCCUGCCACGCCCCGAGCGAGCCCUGCACACUCCCCACCGGAGAACGGCCUGGACAAGCCCCGCCCCCCUAAGAAGGACACACCCAAUAGCCCUGCCUCUGUGGCCUCCUCCGGCAGCACGCCUUCCUCCAAAACUAAGGAGCAUGGGCAUAAUGACAAAUCGUCCACGCCCGGCCUCAAGUCCAACACACCCACCCCGCGGAACGACGCGCCCACCCCUGGCACCAGCACCACGCCAGGCCUGCGGCCCAUCCUGGGCAAGCCGCCCAUGGAGGCUCUGGCGCAUGCUGAUUUGCGAUGGGCUCCGUGUGUCUCCGUAGCGGCCCCGGCCCUGCGCACACCCCUCUCCAUCGCCGGCUCCUACCCGACGCCCUUCGCCAUGAUGGGCCACCACGAGAUGAACGGCUCACUGACCAGCCCCGGGGUUUAUGCCGGCCUGCACAUCUCACCCCAGAUGAGUGCGGCAGCUGCUGCCGCCUAUGGCCGAACACCCAUUGCGGGCUUUGAGCAUCCGCAUAUGAGACCCCCGGGCCUCCCUGCCAGUCUCACCUCCAUCUCCGGGGGAAAGCCGGCCUACUCCUUCCACGUCAGCGCCGACGGGCAGAUGCAGCCCGUUCCCUUCCCCCCGGACGCCCUGAUCGGCCCCGGGAUCCCGCGCCACGCCCGCCAGAUCAACACGCUGAGCCACGGCGAGGUGGUGUGCGCCGUCACCAUCAGCAACCCCACCCGCCACGUCUACACAGGGGGCAAGGGCUGCGUCAAGAUCUGGGACAUCAGCCAGCCGGGCAGCAAGAGCCCCGUGUCCCAGCUCGACUGCCUGAACCGCGACAACUACAUCCGCUCCUGCAAGCUGCUUCCUGACGGGCGCACGCUGAUCGUGGGUGGGGAGGCGAGCACUCUAACCAUCUGGGACCUGGCAUCGCAGACGCCCCGCAUCAAGGCUGAGCUGACGUCGUCGGCGCCAGCCUGCUAUGCUCUGGCCAUCAGCCCCGACGCCAAGGUCUGCUUCUCCUGCUGCAGCGACGGCAACAUCGCCGUCUGGGACCUGCACAACCAGACCCUCGUCAGGCAAUUCCAGGGCCACACGGACGGUGCCAGCUGCAUCGACAUCUCCCAUGACGGCACCAAGCUGUGGACAGGCGGCCUGGACAACACGGUGCGCUCGUGGGACCUGAGGGAGGGCCGGCAGCUGCAGCAGCACGACUUCACGUCUCAGAUCUUCUCGCUGGGUUACUGCCCCACGGGCGAGUGGCUGGCCGUGGGCAUGGAGAGCAGCAACGUGGAGGUGCUCCACCACACCAAGCCCGACAAGUAUCAGCUCCACCUGCACGAGAGCUGCGUGCUCUCCCUCAAGUUUGCCUACUGUGGUAAAUGGUUCGUGAGCACAGGGAAGGACAAUCUGUUGAAUGCAUGGAGGACUCCCUACGGCGCCAGCAUUUUCCAGUCAAAGGAAUCGUCCUCGGUCCUGAGCUGUGACAUCUCGGCGGACGACAAGUACAUCGUCACCGGAUCUGGCGACAAGAAGGCUACGGUGUAUGAGGUGAUCUACUAGGCCCAGAGGUUAUCGGAGUGGGGAAGCUCAGGACCUGAAGAGCAGGACCAAGGGCGGGGCGACGGGGGGGCGGGGCGGCUCACUCCUCCUCCUCCUCCUCCUCCUCCGGUGACGCCCCCCCGCGGUGGCUGUCGGCCUGACCGCGUGUCUCACUCGCAUCCCCAUUCGCCCCCUCCUUCACGCAACCGCCUGUCUGACGGCGGCUUGGACUAGUCGGGAAUGUGCUGGACUAAACUGGGCAGGGCCGGGCAGGGCUGGGCUGGACUGGGCUGGACUGGACAGCCUUCAGCCACUAACGCGUCGUACUCAUUCAUCCCUCCCUCGACUGCCAUUCCUAGCACAGGUCGUAUGGCACUAGAAGAGCAUACCGCAGAUUUUAUUUUUCCCUUUGCAUCUUGUUGGGUUUUAUGGGUGUGGUGGGUUUUUUUUGUUUUGUUUUGUUUUGUUUUUUUUUAUGUAUGGUGAGUGUUCCAUAUUGCAACAUGAAGCAGCGCUUCGUUCCGAAACUUUAUCCAUGUGGAGGUUCUGUGAAAAGUGUACAUAAUGGAGUAUUAAAAGGCCUUUUAUAGA